GUUUGGCAGGCUUUUCAACAGAUGGAUAGUAUAAAGCUCUCAUACUCUGCACAGCCAGCCUCUCACCUCAUCCACAUUAUCUGCUGAAAGACGAUGGAUCACACCACUUCUGUCAAUCCAAGACCCACACUUACCUUACAGCAAGCGACCAAAGUGAUAGAGCAACUUUAUGGAGUGACCAUAACUGAGAUCUCCACCCUGCCUAGUUAUAUUGACCAGAACUUUCUUGUGGUGGACAAAGAGGGUACCAAGCAUGUCCUGAAGAUCAUGAACUCAGAAGAGAGUAAGAGGACUACACUGCUGGAGGUGCAGACCCUCGCCAUGUCCUUUCUUCGCCAGCAUGAAGUUCCUGCUCAGACAGCUGUGCCCACCACCACAGGGCAGCUAAUGAGUAUGGAGGAAAUAGACUGCGGACAUGGUGUUCAGACCUACUGUGUGAGGUUGUUGACCUAUAUCCCUGGAAAAACAAUUCAGAGGUCCCAAGUUACAAUGCAGGAUCUUUAUCAUGUUGGGAAGUUGGCUGCCACUGUUGAUAAGACACUGCAACAAGUAAGUUCAAAGAUGGUAUCCCCAAACCUGGAUGUCUUACUAAAAUAUGACACACUUUGGAGUUUACUCAACAUUCCUCUCCUGGAGGGCUACUUAUCUGUGAUGGAUGGAGAUCCCCUGCAGGAAGUGGUCAAGGCAGUCAUAGAACAGUAUAAAUCACAUGUGCAGCCAAAAAUCAUCUCCUUCCAAAAAGAUCCCUUCACUGAAGGUCACUAUGUUGAACUGACAUGUUUCUACAGUAGCCCAGAAUGGACAAACCAAAAACUGUCUCUAGGAAUAAUACAUGGGGACUUAAAUGACCAGAACAUCAUUGUCAUACCUAUUGACACCGGGCAUCAUGAGGUGUCAGGUAUCCUGGACUUUUCUCUGCUCGUGAAUGGAUGCUAUGUGUUUGAACUGGCAAUAACAAUCAUGUACUUGAUGCUGGAGAACCCCAGUCCACUGGAUGUAGGUGGAGCAGUGUUGGCGGGCUGGGAGAGCAUUAUGCAGCUCAAUGAUGAUGAAAGAGAUUCCCUCUUCCUGCUGGUGCUUGGUCGGUUGUGUCAGUCUCUGGUUUAUGGACGGCACAAUGUCAAAAAAUACCCAGACAACAAGAGUUAUAUACUGACUACAGCCAAAAGUGGGUCUCGGCUUCUUGUUAAACUCUGGGAACUUGGCAAGAAAGAAGUAGAAAGGAAAUGGUUCUCAGAUGCCAGAACAUUCUUAGUGAGUAAAUAGAGAAAUGAUGGGUUCCAAUGGAUCAAUGGAAGAGAAUAAAGAUUUGCCUCGGUGUG